AUGGAAGACUCAUUCUUUGAAGAAGAAAUUGAUAACCUCAAAGAUUGUUUUAAAAACAGGGGUUAUAAGUCUGAAAUGGUGGAUAAGGUUAUAGAUAAAAAUAAAGGUUUAAGACAUAAUACACAUAAACCAUGGAUAAAGCGAGCUAAGAAUGCUGAAAGUAAUAUAGAUAAGAGCAAUCGACACAUGGGGCCGCAACUGAUGUUUACUUAUUGUAGCAACAGGAGCACUGGCAGAAAAGAAACAGGAUAUGUCACUGUUCUGAAGCUGAAGGCCAAAAUGUGUAAGCCACCUACAUUGAUCGCCAUACGACCAGAGGUUAACAGACACUGGAAAAUGAGUCCACUGCAGAACAAGUCGGUUGAAAGAAUUGUAUUCUGCUAUGAUGACAGGAAUGAUUCGUGUAUUAAACUUUCUAGAUCUUUCAGUGCCACGGCUGCCCUUUACUGUAUUGCUGUUUUGGCAAUAACAGCUACUGUACUUGGUAACUUACUGGUUGUCAUCGCAGUCUCUCAUUUCAGGGUGUUGCAUUCACCAACAAAUUUUUUGACAUUAUCAUUAGCCUUAACUGACUGCCUGCUUGGGGUAAUGGUGCUUCCUUUCAGCUCCAUAAGAUCGGUUGAGACAUGUUGGUAUUUUGGAGAUAAAUUUUGCACCCUCCACUCUGGCUUUGAUACAUCCUGGUGCUUAUCUUCUAUUCUUCACCUCUGUUUCAUUUCAGUUGAUCGAUAUCUUGCAAUCUGUUAUCCUCUGUUAUACACAUCCAAAAUGACUGUUACUGUAGCUUGUAUUUUUAUUGCUCUUUCUUAUGUGAUAGCCAUUGUAUAUACAUAUGGUUUGUUGUAUUCUAACAUAAUUGAUGACACAUUUAGAAAUGCAGUUCCAGAGGAGAAGUGCCUUGGUGGUUGUCAACUCAUAUUCAUGAGAUUAUGGGGAUGGGUCACCUUUCCUUUCUUUUUUGUGCCCUGCUUUAUAAUGAUAGGAUUAUAUGCAAAGAUAUUUUUUGUAGCAAUGAAGCAGGCUCGGAUUAUAGGAAGCAUGAUUGAUUACCAGAAUACAUUAAAUGUUAGAGCAUCAACAAGAGAAAGAAAAGCUGCAAUAACUCUAGGUGUUGCAGUGGGAGUUUAUUCACUUUGUUGGAUACCUUUUAUUAUUGUGACUUUAAUUGAUCCAUUUCAGAACUUCAGCACCCCACCAAUAAUAUUUGAUUUUUUUAAUUAA